AUUGUACAUCUAAUACUUCUUUUCCCUCUCCAGGCUUGUACUCGACCAUUAGUAUCGGUGUACUCCGAAAAGGGGGAGGUAUCGGGUAAAAAUGUCACCAUGCCUGCUGUAUUCAAAGCUCCCAUUCGCCCAGAUAUUGUGAACUUUGUUCACACCAAUUUGCGGAAGAACAGCAGGCAGCCCUAUGCUGUCAGCGAACUUGCAGGGCACCAGACCAGUGCUGAAUCCUGGGGUACUGGAAGAGCAGUUGCUCGUAUCCCAAGGGUUCGUGGGGGUGGAACUCAUCGAUCUGGCCAGGGUGCUUUUGGCAAUAUGUGUCGUGGAGGUCGCAUGUUUGCCCCAACCAAGACUUGGCGACGCUGGCACCGCAGGGUGAACAUCACUCAGAAGCGCUAUGCCAUCUGCUCUGCUCUGGCAGCUUCAGCCCUUCCAGCUCUAGUCAUGUCUAAAGGUCACCGCAUUGAAGAGAUUCCAGAACUUCCUCUAGUAGUUGAAGACAAGGUUGAAGGCUACAAAAAAACUAAGGAAGCUGUUCUACUACUUAAGAAGCUGAAAGCUUGGAAUGAUAUCAAAAAGGUCUAUGCCUCUCAGCGUAUGCGGGCAGGCAAAGGUAAAAUGAGGAACCGCCGUCGCAUUCAGCGCAGGGGACCUUGCAUCGUCUAUAACGAAGACAACGGCAUCAUAAAAGCAUUCAGGAAUAUUCCAGGAAUUACUCUUCUCAACGUCAACAAGUUGAACCUUUUGAGACUCGCUCCUGGUGGCCACGUGGGACGCUUCUGCAUUUGGACUGAAAGUGCUUUCCGCAAGUUGGAUGACUUAUAUGGCACUUGGCGCAAGCCUGCCACCCUGAAAAGUAGCUACAAUCUGCCAAUGCACAAGAUGACCAAUACUGAUCUUGGAAGGAUCCUAAAAAGCCAAGAGAUCCAGAAGGCUCUACGUCCACCCAAGAAGAAGAUUCAUCGUAGAGUCCUUAAGAAGAAUCCACUGAAGAAUUUGAGAAUCAUGAUUAAAUUGAAUCCGUAUGCCAAAACCAUGAGGCGUGACACUAUUCUGCGCCAUGCUAAAAAUCACAAACUCAGAGAGGAGAAGGCAGCAAAGGGGAAAGCGAAGAUCCAAGCAGCGGUCGCUGCAAAGAGUGAAAGUACAGCAUAAAGAGAGCUUCUGCACUUUUUCUGAUUCAAUGCUUAAAAGGGCUGUACUGUGGAUUACAGUUAAUAAAAAAAAAUUAUCCAAA